AUUUAGCUGGACAAAAUGAUAUCAGUUACUCGUAUUGUGUUCAUCGCUAGCGCACUUACCUUAGCACUCGCGCAAGGAGACGCAGACCAAUGCACUACUGCAGAUUUCGGUGAAAAGGCAGAUGAUGAAAUGCCUUUCGACACUGUUGAACUUACCGCCAAUGUCCCCGACUGGAGUAUUGCCAUAACCGCUCCAUGCACAGAUAUAGCAGGCGUGCAUGCAACGAUAUGCGACAAUGACGUGAAAGCUGUGGCCCACUUCGUCGACGCGAACACUCUUUUGAUACACCGUCCUGGUAACCUGCAAGGCGUUGGCAAGGUCGAUGGUAUAGUUUACUGCAGAAAUAGGUAAACCCAAGGAAACAUGAGCGGAGAUGCCAUAAUGCGGUAGGUCAAGCGCCUUCUUCUAGCUCAAAUUCGUACGUUGAACAUGUCCAAAACUAACUUACGAGUGAACUAACGAGGCGUUCGGGUUCUUUGAGACCUCUGUCAACGAUUUUUGAUGUUGCAAAAAAUUUAGGUACGGGUCUCUGAAGGGCGAAAACAGUAACGCUCCUUGUCCGCAGCUCAUUGCAUUUUGGCGCGCAACUUUCUUUGACAAUUUUCCGUUAUGGCACCUCCGCUAGUCAUUUUGUUCUUCAUAGGUAAAGCCUUAUGAAGCAGCCAAAACAUUUGGUCCUUGAAUUUUCUUUGGUUACGGUGUUUGGUUUGAAUAUGUAUUAUAAUUUUCUGAAUAAAAUGCUUGAACUAUAAAA